AUGUCGGUUACGUUUAUUUUGAGGCCCGGCCUGAACACCGGCCCGGGCCGGCCCAGCCCGGCAGCCAAGUCUAUUCUGGAUGGGACUAGUCCACCAAAAAGAAACCCAGCGAUUUUGCGAACAGGUCUAAUAUAUUCCCCAUUUUGUCUUGUUGUUGACUGACAUAACGUGCUUUACGCUUUGGACAAAACAUUGCAGCAAAUUUUGAAACUUCAGGAAAUAAACAAAGCCUUAUAGCAUUUCCAAAGUUUCUAUAUUUACCCUGCAAAGGUCAGUGAAUGGACCGUAAACAACUAUGAAUCAACUUCUUUUUAUCACACCGACGUUCUUUUCUCGAAACGAAGGGUCAUCGUUGAAUCAUAUACAAAGCAGGGAGUAAACCUUCAAACGGCUAUCCCUUUCGGGUACAAGUAUGGUCGUAAAGUUUUUUUUAUCUACCCUUGAUUGGUUUUUUGACCGGAUGGGCACUCCUGUAAAUAAACGAGAGGGAGAGGUUUCUUGGUUUGGAAAAAAAAGAAAAAUUGAUCCAGAAGGGAAAGUAGUCCAAGAGCGUCGCACAGAUUUUGAUGAAACUUGGCACAUUAUUAUUACAAGGAUGGGCCGAGCUUAUUGAAUGAAAGUGGGCAAAAAUGUGUCCGGUUUUUAAAAAUUUUAGCAUAAAAAGUUUCAUGCCUGUUCCUACCGUAGAAGGUAAUGCUCUCCCAAAAAAUAAUUUUUUUCCUAACCUUAAGGACACCUCGUCUUUGUGCAAGAUUUAAAAAAGAUCAGGGCGUCACUAGACAUGGCUGGGGGGCCGGGAGAGGUCGGCCCGGCCCCCUUCAAAUUUUCUCAGCCCGGCCCGGCCCCCUGGGGAGGGCUGGGGGGGGGGGGUUGUACUACCUUAGACCAUAAAUUUUUGAAACAAAAAAUGACCAACCAUUGCCUAAAGUACUUAAAAAAACCCAAUCGCUUCUUGGCUCUGCAUUUUAUUUUUAUUGGAAACCUUAAUUUUCGCUUUGAGACUGAGAAUUUUAGUCAUUGGGGGCCGAGUGGGGGCCUGGCGGGGGCCCCCGGUCGGCCCUGCCCCGGGCCUUUAAAACUCGUUCGGCCCGGUCCACUAGCCAUGUCUACGCGUCACUUUAGACUCUUCACUUGUCAGUUAUCAGUCUGUCGGGAAAAUAAUGAGCACAAAUGUCUUCACGUUGCAGAACAACUGAAAAGCGAUUUGAUUUUGUCGCGACACAAUUCAUUUUCUCGGCGACGAUGCGAUUUUCGAUGCGACAGAGUGCUCAUUACUUUCCCGACAGACUGUUAACUGACAAGUGAAGAGUCUAAAGUGAAGCUCUGAUCCUCUUUAAAUCUUGUAUACUAUGGCUAUAUAACCACAUAACAAAUGCUGAAAAAAUGUGGCUCCUCCAUAGCUCGCGCUUUGGAGGAGCCGCUGAGGUAUCAAACGAUUAUAACGUUGUCCACUUACUAAUAGUGCCAAUUUCAGAUCCCAACCAACUGCACUUCUGCCUCCAGAAAGCUCCAAAAUCAAUCCAGGGAGUGGUCGGCACGAGUCACAAUACCCAUUGUGCUGCUUAUCACCGGAAGCCCGAAAAACAAGUCAAACAUUGGGGCCCUUAA